AUCUCCCUUAACUGAGUGUGUGUCAGCGGGUCAGUCCAGACUCUGGACUCCACGGAGGAAGCUGCAGUCAUGUUCCGCUCAGCCGCUCUGGAGAGCAGGGAGCUGCUGGCUCUGUUUGGAGGUGGGGGCCAGAGCUUUGAAGAGGAGUGCGAUGUGGAUUCGGACAGCAGUGAGGAGAGAAGAAAUGUCUGCAGCUCCGUGUCUCUGGAAAUCCAUGGCCUCCAGAGGGAGCAGGAUGUUUACUUCUCCAACCAGGAGUACUACAGGAGGCUGGAGGAGCUGAAAAGCACCCACCUGAGGAACAUGGCAGAACUGGAAAAAAUGUACAUCAGCCAGGCCAAAGCCAGACACGACGAGGAGGCCGGAGGGAUCUGGAGAGGAGUGAACCUGGACGGAAGAUCAUCUUCCAGGAGCCCAAAUAUCAGCUUUCCCUGCAGCGGUCCAACCAGGAAGCUGCAAAGGAUCAACUCCCAAGAGGAGCUUGACUUCCAUGAGUCGUCAAGUGGCUCCGACCAUUCGGACUUCUGUGGAGAAGACAGUGGAGGGGAGCUGGGCUGGGCGCCAGGUCCUGCUGGAGCCUUUGGGAGAAACAUUCUACGCAGCCCAAACCAAAACACAACUCAAACGCAAAUCAGAACCAGAGCCAAGGCCCCUGGUCCAAAACCACAGGGAGGAGUGUCCCAUCCAACCGGUGCCAGGGGCCGCUCCAAGGUCACUGUGCCCAAGCCGUUCCAGAUGAUGCUCAGAGAGGAGGAGAAGAAGAAGCACCAGGUGCGCACACGCUCAGAGAUCGAGCUGGAGAACACGCUGCUCAGACAGGAGCUGGAGGAGCUGCGGGAAUGCCAGAAGAAGUUCAGGGCGACGCCAGCUCCGGCCCACAUCCACCUCCCUCUUUAUGAGGUCAUCAGCCGCCGCCAAAAGAACAUCCGUGAGAACAUUCGGGGAUCUGCUGCUGUCUUCCCAAAACCUUUCCACUUCUUGGAGAGAGAAAAAAGGAAGAGGGAGGCCAGGAUGGAGGCCGAACUGGGGACCUUCAGUCACAGGGAGGAGCGGCGGGCCUUCAGUGCCAGAGCCAUGCCCAGCUCCGUGUAUGGAUCCACAGCAGACACCAGGAAGUCCAGCAGCCGUCAGCAGCCUCAAAGCUUCUGCACUCUGGAGAGGGACGUGACCGACGGCCAGAGCGACCAGAGCUCCGACCUGGAGGACGACUGCAGGCCUCAAAGACCUUCAUCCUCCAAGGCGGUGAAGAAACACAUAGAGCUGUCCAUCGAGAUGGUGGGCGACAGGGAGUGGUCCCCGUACAAAAUCCCCAUGAGGAGCGUCUGCGCACCCCAGCAGCUGCAGGGAUCAAGCUUUAAAGACAGGAGCCAGCACACCAGCCUGUGAUGGACAGUUCUAAGCAGGAAGGGGGGGGGGGGGUCUUCAUACAGUCUCAAAUGUAGUAAACAGUGCAACUCUGUGUCCUGUAGUGACUUGCAAGCUCUUUUGUCAAUAAAGAUGGUGG